GAUUGAGGUUCGCACGAAGACAGUACCGAUGUAAACAAACGAUUUUUCACGACGACUUCGGAAAAUGUAAAAGAAAAUCCCACGAAAAUAGCUCAAAAUUUUAACUUUUUAGACGAAAACCGCAUUUUCCAACAUGUCGCUCGAACAAACAGCAUGCGAAGACCUCAAAGCAUUCGAGAGACGUUUAACGGAAGUGAUUGCUUGUUUGCAGCCCUCCACGCUGCGUUUUAGAAUAAUUUUAGUGACAGCAGCAAUUUCCAUUUCAAUUGGAGCCUGGUACUGGUUAACAGACCCGAAAACUAGUGUCGUCCCGUUGUUCGAUAGUCUCUUGUUGCAUCCACUGUUCGCCCUUUCCUCGAUGAUUCUGAUAAUUUUGUUCUGUUUUGGGAUCCAUAAAAAAGUCAUUGCACCACAAAUCAUCACAUCACGUACGCGCUCCGUGUUAUCCGACUUUAACUUGUCCAUCGAUGACUCUGGGAAGCUAAUUCUGAAACAAAGGCCGACGAAUUGAAAUUAAUUGACAUCAAUUAUGAACGUUUUUUUAAUUAAAUAAAUUCAAAAAAAAGUAGAAAA